AACCUUACAACUCAAGUACCGGGCGGCAUAGAAGAGGAAGUCAUCUAGAAUGCCGCUGCGCGACUUACAUAGUGCAGAUCGUAUCUGAGUCACAGCCGACACGAUCGACGCCCUGCAGUCCGCAAGAAGCACCGAAACACACGGCGCGCGCGGUACCUCAUGCGAUGCUGGGCGGAAGGCCACAGAAAAAUCAGCACUCCAUCGUUCUCGACCACCUUAUCUCCGGAUUCUUGCGGACUCUACCGGCGUUCUGGCAAGUCAUCCCCUUCGAUGACACAAACGUAUCCACUAUCCGCAUCCGCCGCACAGAAUACAGGCGGUGAUUUGCACCGUUUAGGGGCGUUCGCCUUUGCAAUCUCGCUGUCGAAAACAUAUAUAAAGGGCGCGCAUGGUUCGCGUCCUCACCUAUUUUCCGUACUCUUCACCACACCCCGUACAUCACAUCGCA